GUUACUCCCUUCACUGUGGAUGGAGCAGAGUGUGACAUCUUAGUACUUUUAGCAUCCCAGGUGACGCCUACGGAGACCGCGAGAGGAUGGAGAAGGGCUGCACCGUUGACAGACAGGCGAAGUGAACGAGAGGUGAUAAAUAAAGAGCUGGGAUUGCUCGUUAAACGGCCUGUCACUGUCUGGCUGAUUCUGACGGACAGCUAGCAUCAGACAGCGGCUACAUGAGCUAGCCGCUGGCCAUGUCAGCUAAUCAGCUUCUGUGUCGGUAACAGGACAGCGGAAUGCCGUUUGGGAACUACCUUAUUUUAACCCCAUUAUUUAUUGGUGCAUGAGUCCUUUGGGUCCUGCAAGGAGAACCCAUGGAACCCAACAUCAUACCCUUGCACUCCUCUUCCUUGCCUCUGAUGGAUGAUGAUGGUGAUGGGGAGGUGGCAUCAGAGGAGGAUGAGUUUAAGGACUUUUCUGUCGGGAUGUCCUGCUCCCCUCUUAAUUUUGCUGAUGCAACUGAGUCACCUUCUAGUUUCAGACCUCCUUCUCCAACCUCAGAACCAGCCACCCAUCAACCCAGUUGCAGCUCUAAUGGCGCAGGUGAACAAUCCCAGCCUACAUCCGAAGUGAAGCUGGAGUCUGGUAAGGCUCAGAUGGAUGUAGGACAGGAGGAUUAUAAUGCUGAACCUUCUUUGCACCUCACAAAUGGAUUUGCUGAAAGUGAACAUAACUCUGGGGCCCAUACUUCUUCUGUAGGUGGUCGGUCUCCUGUGGAGGAAACGGGGUUUGCUGAUUUCACUGUGUUUACAAAGCAGGCGGGACACCCCUGGUGUUGUGGCUUCUCUCCACUGGCUAAUGCAGAGCAGGAGGAUGCGAGAGUAAAAGGGACAAACAGCACCUUUAGUGAACAAAUACAUGAAUCAGGAGAGGAUUUUAUUAUGGAAUCUGAGCCCAGAUAUCACUGUGCACACAAAGAAAAACAAAACAUCUCCACUGAGAUCAGGGAGAAAAGAGAUGCAGCACUUGUGCAACCAUCUCAGGUCCAUCAUCAGCCUCAGGAAGCUGCAGGAAAUUGGAGUUUUCCUUCUGAAGAGGAGGAGCUAGAUAAGCCUUGGGAUAGUCAGAGGGAAAGGAGGAAUAGCUUUAAUUCUCUUCAAACCUCUGAGGUACAGGACGAUGGAGAUGCAGAAGAAAUCUUUCAAACAUGUAGUAUGCAUGAGCCUAUGUCAGAGGACUUGGCAUCCUUCAGUGAUGAUUUGUCAUUUGAGGUUGCUUCUGCAGAUUUGGAACCAAAUGUUUCAUCCCUUGCUUCUCAAGAUGAUCAAACUGACUGGGACCAGUUUGAUGAAGAUGAAGACCUGGGAAACUGCAGACAUUCUGACUCUUUUGGAAACAGUAAUGUGACAAACCUCAACCAGACUGAGUCAGACAGGGACAUUCAUCACUACGAAUAUCCGACUCAGGAAAAUUCUGCUACCUCCAAACAGUCACAAUCUGGAACAAAUUUGCAAGACAGAUUUGCUGACUUUACUGACAGCAGUUUUGAGCAUCACAGACCUCAAGAAGAUCGUCAAACGGCUGAUGCAGGGGUGCAGAUUCUGGGAAAUCUCCCACUGAGUGACAGCUUUGCAGAUUUCUGCUCGGCGCCCACGCAGGAGGAUGAAGAGGGGUCGUGGGCGGAAUUCAAUGACCAGAGUGCAGAGGAUGGAAGAAGUUGGAGACAGUUCAGAGCACCAGUCAGCAGCCUGCAGACUGAUGUAGACGAUGAGGAAAAGAAUAAGCAGGACAGAGUGGAAGGAACAAGAAGGAACAGCUCUCAGGAUUCACUGCCCUGUCGUGUCCAGGAAAUCCUUCAAGCCAGUUUCCCAAAGGUAGUGGUUCCAGCUGUGGAAGAUGAGAAUGAGCUGGUUGGCCUCAGUGCUUUGCUUCAAGCUGAGCAUCUCUCUGAGAGUGGGGAGGAGGUACCAGUCCCCAGCAGUGCUCAGCGGAUUCAGCAGGAGAUAUUGAGGCCACAUCAGGAUGUCCACAAUGCAGUUGGGCUCCAGUUUCAAUGGGGGGGCUCCCAUACUAACAGGACUCUGCUCAGUUGUCUUGGCGUGGACACAAGAAACGUUGUGUUCACUGGGAGGAAUAAGCAGUCUGUGACUGUGCCUGCUUUUGCAUCCAGUCUGGGAAUGCUUGAGCCAACCAAAGAUGCCGUGUCAGCUGCCUGCUCUUCAAGAAGCACAGCUGUUACAGCACAAGCACCUCCAGGGCCCCGGGAUAUACCGGGCCCCUCAACACAUUCAGCGCAGGAGGAGCUCCCUUCCAGCCAGCUGGACUGGAGCGGUCGUGGCCUUAGCAGCUCUCAGGACGACUGUUCUGCUCUCAGCCUGGAUUACUUUGGUCCUGAGGAUGAGAGCAGGUCCAGCAGUAGCACCCAAAGCCACAGUCCCCCUCCAGGAAUUGAUCCAGAGCUGUAUGAGUUGACCAUCAGCAAGCUGGAAAUCAACACUAACAGCAGCCACCUAGAGGACACUUUGAAUCGCCUGAUGUCCUCCGCAGAGAAGACGAGCAUUUCAGUGAGAAAAUUCCUGCCGAGUGAAGAGCUGAGUGAAGAGGCUUCCAGGGUGAUCGCUGUGCUUCCUAACUUGUCUUUCAUGCAGGCCAAGGUCCUCAUGUUCCCAAGCGUGCUCCUACCCAAAGCAUGCACUUCUCCAAAAUGACAACACAUUAUUUAUAUUUACAACAAACUGGAUUGUGAAAAUUUGAGAUAUUUUUGUUAAACACACACAGAUAGAAGAGUUCAGAACAUUUGAUAACACAACUGAUCAUUUUAAACACAUUGUGAUAUGGUUGCUUGUGUGCAGAGUUCUCUUUCCACUGUUUAUUCCAGCUGUCUGCAAAACUCUUUUAUACACUGCAAGUGAAACACUUCAGUGCAUAAAAGAGGACAAAGGACAUACCUGUGCAUCCUCGAUUGUAGCUUCUUGUAGCAAGACCUGCAGAUGCAUUUUAGGAACUGAGACAGGAGGAAGAACAGGGGACAUGAGAAGGCAUAAAUUAGAGAAAUGAGAAAACCCUUUAAUCUUUCACUUGGCCUUGGCCUGCUUUCCCAUGUAUGUAGCUGAUUCAACACGGGCUGUUUGAAGAGGUAUAGAAUAGGUAUACUACUACAUGUGAGGUCACAUGAAAUCAUAGAGACUUAUUGGGAAACGAGAGGUUGAUUUUCCUGCUUUAGUAAAAAUACUCCACCUGCUGGCUAUCCUCUGCUUUUAGGGUGAAAGUUGUGAGUAAAAAAAUAUCCUCACAUAUAAGGAUAUUCAAAUUUCAAAGCAUACUAAACUGCAAACUGCAAACUGCACUGCGGAAGGUCAGCAGCAACAGUACAGUGUGUGAAAGUAUUAUUCUCCUCAAUGUGCAGUGUUGUGAUUUAGUUUGGUUUAACGUCCCUUUUACCCAGAUUUAUUUAGUCUGUUACAGGAAACAUGUCAGUCGAAAUGGAUAUUUUUAUAUGUAUGUUGUUAUUUUUACCUAAAAACGACACACACGGUUAUUUUAAUGUAAGGCUAUAACAGACAAAUCAUAUAAAAGACAGAAAGAAUGUGAUUAUGUGAUGUG